AUGGAUCUCGUCAAUCACCUUGAGGGUCGCCUGCUCUUUGCUGUUCCCAAGAAGGGAAGGCUCAAUGCCGCCGCCCUCAACCUUCUCGAGGGCGCCGACAUUCAAUUCCGCCGCGAGAAUCGCCUCGACAUUGCGCUCGUGAAGAAUCUACCAAUUGCUCUUAUCUUUCUCCCGGCCGCCGACAUUCCAACUUUUGUUGGGCAGGGCCGGGUCGACCUCGGCAUCACGGGAUGGGAUCAGGUACAGGAGCAUGAAUCAGCAGUGCGAGCGACGACACCCGGCGGAGGAUGCGAUAUGGUGAUGGAUCUUGGCUUUGGUGGUUGCAAGCUACAAGUUCAGGUCCCAGAGAAGGGCAGAUUUGCCGCUACGAGAGACUUGAUCGGAACCACAAUUGGCACAAGCUUCGUCCAUCUCGCAGCUGAUCACUUUGCAAAGCUCGAGGCAGCUGCGGACGGCGACCCAAACCCCGAGUCAGCGACUGCUAACACACGGCAAUUGCGCACCAAGCUCAUAGAGCUCAGUGGGAGCGUGGAGGCAGCGUGUGCGCUCGGUGUUGCGGAAGGUAUUGUUGACUUGGUCGAAUCCGGCGAGACAAUGAGGGCUGCUGGCUUAAAGGCAAUCGACACCGUUGUCGAGUCCACAGCAGUGCUCAUCAAAUCCAACAAGCCUUCCAAAACUGAGAUGCGGUCGAGCCUCUCAGAUGCGGCGAAGAUUACACCUGGCAAAAGGGCGCCUACUGUCACGUCUCUCGAUGAGGAUGGUUGGGUCGCUGUCAGCUCGAUGGUUGAGAAGAAGAAAAUCGCACUGGUGAUGGACGAUCUCGCCAAGGUUGGCGCCUCGGACAUUCUCGUGCUAGACUUGCACAAUACGAGAUAA